GAGAGGUUUUAUUAUCACUACUACCAUCAUCAUCCUCAUCAUCCUCAUUAUUACUAUUAUUAGUUGACUGCGAUCUGUCGAUCAUUCUUCUAGAAGCAGAAGCUCCAUGCCGAGGAGGUGAACCUGCUUCUGAUCGCUGAUCAGUGGAAGACCUGGACAGCUUGGUUUGAUCCGUGAGCCACAAUGAAUUCCAUCUCAGCAGACAGAAAGCCUCCAGUGGACUAUGGUGUCCAGAUCCGCUUCAUCAAAGACCUGGAUGAUAUGGGUGGAGGUUAUGGAGAGAGGAGUCGGGGCGUUGGAGGAUUGGGAGCUGCUGGUGGCAGUGGGUCUUCCCCAUCCCCAUCUAAGUAUGGGGUUGCAGUGAGGGUUCAGGGCAUUUCUGGACAUCCCUACGUGGUACUCAAGGAUGGAGAAAAGGGCGACUCGUAUGGAGUACAGCUAAAGACCCAGCCUCAGACACAGACUCCAAUUCUAGGACUUUCGUCCCCAUAUAACAGCCUUCCUCCAAGACUACGUGAUGGUCCUCAGAAUUCUAAAGAACCCUACAGCUCAGUUCGGUCACCAAAUUCUCCAGAGGAAGACCCUGUUGAAUUUGGGAGCCCUUUGAAGAGGCCACCUGGUGAUGGGCAAGCAGGAAGUCAAGGAGAUGGGGAAAGAGGGACUACAGAAAUUCCUGGACCUGCUUCUUUAUCCGUUCUUCCUCCAUUUUUCGUGCCUCCUACUUUAUCCAAAGACUCUGAGAAGAAAGACCAUGAUGAGCUGAAUGAAGCUGGUCUCAAGCCAGUGCGGCAGAAUGGAAUUGGUGGACCAGUGAAAAGAGGAAUUCAGUAUACUGCUACAGAAUCUUCAAUACCUGAUAAUGUUGAGGAUGAGCCAGCCGAAGCCGUCGACACAAAAUCUUUAACACCCAUUAAUAAACUGAUCAGUAAAUUUAACAGCAGUUCCACUGCCACCAUGCCAAGCCGCGUCAGAGGCCGAACUCGAGCUCGAGCAAGUCUGCAGUUUGAUGAGCGAAAGCGCUCUCACAGCCUGGACGCCCGCAAGGAAAAGGAAGAAGAGCCUCCUCUAUCACCGACCAUCAACCCCUAUGCUUCUACAGUAACCCCCACCCCAACCUCCAGUCUUACUUCACCCAAACGUACAAACUGCAGCAGUCUUGGCCAGAGCACUCCUUCUGUCGAAAAGGUGCCUGCUGUUCCUGCCUCAAAGGCACCUACUGUUAACCAAACUCCGAGGAUAUUUGUUAGCAAGGAAGCGCCACCUGCUAUAGCAAAGCAACAGGUAGCUCCUGUUCUUCAGAGUUUCCAAAACCAAAGUACAGGUUCGACAAAUGGAGGUGAAGCUGAAGAAAAGCAGGCGAUCUACGAAGUGCUCAGAGAAGGAUCUACUGAGAACGAGAAGUCCCUGAGACGAAAGGCGGAUAUUAUUCACGAGCGGUACAGAGAACGGAAGGAGGAGAAGGAGGCAACAGACACUCGCUUACAACAGCAGCUCGCUCAGACCAAGAGAGAACUGCAGCAUACCCUGGAUCGAAUGGCAGAGCUGCGCUUGGAGAAGGAAGGGCUGGAGUCUCGCUUUCAUCAGCAGGAGGAUCAGCUGGCUCAGCUCCAGGAUGAGCUGAGAAGAGUAUCGGAGAACACGCCUCAAUCAGACACACUGCACAUGGACCUGAUGACGCUUCAGACCGAGCUGACUGAGGUGAUGAUGCUGAGGCAGAAGCAGGAAGAGACCCUGCACAUGAGAGAAAGGGAGCUCACUGCACUCAAGGGGGCACUAAAGGACGAGGUGGCUGCCCACGACAGGGAGAUGGAGGCACUCCGGGAACAGUACAGCCGAAAUAUGGAGGCACUUCGGAAGAGCAUGGAGCAGGUCUCGCAGAAGGAGAUAGAGGAAGAGCGGCAGAAAGUGAACGUCUCCAUUCUGGCUCUGGAGGAGGAGCUGGACAGUUACAGGGAGCAGGGCGAGCGCUGGAAGGAGCAGAUAACCUCGGUCGAGCAGGAGAACAGACAGCACAGCACUUUUCAAAAACUGCUGCAGGCUCAACAAGAAAAGAAGAAUCUUGAGGAAAAACUGCUCAGCCUAAAGAAGCAGACGUGUGAAACAGACUCGCACUCUCUCACUCAGGCCCAAGAGCUGCAGCGCCGUCUCGACGAUGUGAAACAGGCACGAUUAACAAUCAAUGAGCAGAAAGCUGAGCUGGUAAAGAAGGAGGAGGAGCUCACAUGCCUGAGAAGAAGCAGUCAAAACAAAGAACAGGAGCUCAAGGCCGAGAUCGACAAACUGAAGGACCAAUCGAAGAAGGACAAAGAGGAGCUUUCCAAGGCUUCACUGUCAUCUCAGGAUCCUACCAAAGACACUACUCUUGACCUUCAAGAGGCCAACACUCGCCUUAGAGAAAGAAUUGCUCGCAUGUCCCAGCUGCACACCAGCCUGCCCGAUGGUAGGGAUCCAGAUGCGCUGGAGGACGAGAACCGACUCCUGAAGACGCAGCUGGAGGAAGCGCGGCGUGCAGCGUCCCGUCUCAGCCACGAGAAAGAGGAACUCGGACGGCAACUGGAAGAACGGGAAAAGGAGCGAGAGACUCUGCGUCGUAACAAAUCUGAACUCGAAGAGCAGAAGAGGAUGCUUGAUCGUACACUGGAGAAGAUGAACAAAGAUAUAGACUUGAUGAUGGGCGAUUCUCGGCAGUCCGUUCACAGCCUGCAGGCUCAGCUAGAUGACUUCAGGGAUCGUUCUCGUAAAGAGCUUCAGGAGUCCCAGAGGCUGAAUAAGGACCGGCUGGCUGAGCUGCAGAGAACGCAGAACAACCUCAAAGCAGCGCAGGACGAGGUGUCACGUCUGAAGAAGGAAUUGCUGGUGUGUUCUGAGGAAAGGGAUGGUGCUCAGCUGGAUAAGGAGCUACUGAGCAGCCGUCUCAAACACCUGGAGAGUGAGCGGGACAAUGAGAGAACUUCUCAGACGGACCGCAGCAGAGAGAUACGGCUUCUAGAGGAUAAAAUAAAGACUUUGGAGAUAGAACUGGAGGAGGAAAAGACUGGAGCAGAGCUUUUGAACGAGCGCAUCACACGAAGCCGUGAGCAGAUGGAUCAACUCCGCUCUGAUUUAAUGCAAGAGCGCUCAGCCAGACAUGACCUUGAGAUGGACAAGAGUUCAGUGGAGAGACAGAUGAAAGAGCUGAAGUCUCGUGUCGCAGAUAUGGAAAGUCAACCUCGAUCUUCUGCAGGAGUCACAAUACUGGAAAGCAAAAUCCAGGAGCUGGAGGAUCGGUUGCACAGCGAGGAGAGAGAGAAAAGCAGCAUUCAAGCAGCACAAAGGAGGAUGGAGAGGAAAUUAAAGGAUGUCAGUGCCACACUGGACCUGGAGAGAAACCAGCAUGCUGAACAGCGAGACCAGCUCGCUCUGCGUGUGAAGGCACUGAAGAGGCAGUUGGAUGAUAGCGAGGGAGAGGUGGAGAGACUGGAAGGCGUGAGGCGGAAGAUUCUGAGGGACCUGGAGGAGCAGCAGGAGCUGAAGGACGUCCUGCAGGCCAAAGUCAGCACACUGGACAGCGAGCUGAGGAGGAAGAUUCAGCAGACACGGCGUCCCAUGCUGCUGUCCACUCUCAGCUCAGAGGAGGACGAUGGAUGCUUCGACUCGAACAGCAUCGCCUCCAUCUUGACAGAAUCACCGCUUCAGACCACCACCUGCUGAAGAUGGAGUGAAGCGAGCGAAACGAAAAACCAUGACACUUGGAUUUCUAUCUUUUUAUUGAUAAAUCGACCAUGCGUAUAAACCAAUAACAAUCGAAUGCCUUAAUUUUGUAAAGUGCCUGAACGUUCUAGUUUUGACGUGAGCUCACGAGAAAAUAAAAAAAAUGAUCAAUACAUUUCUUGUGAAAUGAAGUUUUAGAUACAUUCAGAAUCAUACACUGUCCUUUUUACUGUCCAACUGAAUAUAUGGUUCUUUCUGAUUAGUUCUAUAAAGUCAUUUUUCCCC